GUGGCAAAGACUCAUUUCAUUUAAAGAUAUUUGCAAAAUGGUGAAGAUUUUAAAUACAUGAUGACCAAUGACCAUGCAAUAAAGUGUAGACUAUAGAUAUACAUAGUUGGAAAAAGAGUAAGCUAUUUAUUAAUGCAAGGUUAACAUUUUUACAAAAGUAGAUUUUUAAAAGAUUUUAUACAAAAAUAUGUGAAGAACCUGUUAUUUUACUGUAUAAUAACAAAAAUAGUUUGAUUGGUGCUUUUUUAAAACUUUUUUAUUAAAGAAAUGUCAAUCGGGAUUUUAAUUUGUAACUUUCAAGAUGGUAUAUUAUAAUAUUUGUUGGAAAGAGAGUUGGAAAUCUUAGAUAAAAUGGAAAAAUGGAGAGUUGAUUGUUUGUCAAGAACCGGACUAGAAAUAAAAGAUAAAAACGGAGAACCAUUGGUAUUAGGAGAAAGGAAACUUGAAAGACGACAUUUCUUUGGUCUUUGUCCAGUCUGUAAGACUAUUGGAAACCAUAGUUCCUGCUCAGGUUGCUUGAUGGUUUUCUAUUGUUCCAAAGAGUGUCAGAAAAAAGAUUGGAAAGCUCACAAGAUUUUGUGUAAAAUACUUCUAAAACUUCGUGGAAAAAAUAUUCACAUUUUUCACAG